AGUCUCCCUCCCGGAGACCCCAGCCAGCGCCCGGCGGCCCCGCCCGGACCGCGGUCCGAAGGAUGCUGCAGCCGCGGGGGCGGGACCCGCAGGCGCUCGUCGGCGCCCCCCGACGCCGAUUGGGCGCAGCCGUGACCGGCGCCGCACGAUUGGCCAGUGGCGAGGCAGGGGCGGGGCCUGGAUCCUGCAGCCGGGCGGCGGGGGACGCGGCCAAAACCCGGGCAGCUGCUGCGGGGCGAUGGCCGCGCCGAGCCCGGGGCCCCGCGAGGUGCUGACCCCCUCCCCAGAGGCUGGACACAGAACAGCCGCCUUGCGCUCCAGCCGCCGUGGGCUCCUCUGGCGCCUACGGGACAAGCAGGCUCGCCUGGGUCUGUUUGAGAUCGGCCCGGGACAUGAGCUGCAUGGGCUGACAUGUAUGAUGCAGGCAGGGCUGUGGGCUGCCACCCAGGCCGCCAUGGACCACCCGCCCACGGGGCUGCCCACCCAGGAGGAUUUCUCCGAGGUCCUGACCCAGGUUCACGAGGGCUUCGAGCUGGGCACUCUGGCGGGCCCCGCCUUCGCCCGGCUGCGCCGCUCGCUCGGCCUGGUGGAGGAGGACUACCAGGCGGCGCUGGGCCCCGGAGGGCCCUACCUGCAGUUCCUCAGCACCUCCAAAAGCAAGGCCAGCUUCUUCCUGUCCCACGACCAGCGCUUCUUCCUGAAGACCCAGCGGCGCCGCGAGGUGCGGGUGCUGCUCGCCCACCUGCCCCGCUACGUCCAGCACCUGCAGCGGCACCCGCACUCGCUGCUCGCUCGCCUCCUGGGAGUGCACAGUCUGCGGGUGGCCCAGGGCAAAAAGAAAUACUUCAUCAUCAUGCAGAACGUCUUCUACCCCGCCGGCCGCAUCUCCGAGAGGUAUGACGUCAAGGGCUGCCAGGUGAGCCGCUGGGUGGAGCCGGGCCCCGCGGGCAGCGCCGUGGUCCUGGUGCUGAAGGACCUCAACUUUCAGGACAAGACGAUGGAGCUGGGCCCCCAGCGGAGCUGGCUUCUCCGCCAGAUGGAACUGGACACCGCCUUCCUGCGCGAGCUCAACGUGCUGGACUACAGCCUGCUGCUGGCCCUGCAGCGCCUGCGCGAGGACGAGCGGGGCCAGGCCGGCAGCCUCGUCUUCCGCGUGGCCAGGUCCGUGCAGGGGGCGCAGAGCCCGGAGGCGACGGGAGCCCAGAACCGCAGGCUGCUUCCCGACGGCCCCAAUGCCCUGCACAUCCUGGACGGCCCGGAGCAACGCUAUUUCCUGGGCCUCGUGGACCUGGCCACGGUGUACGGGCUCCGCAAGCGGCUGGAGCACCUGUGGAAGACGCUGCGCUACCCGGGCCGCACCUUCUCCACCGUCAGCCCCGCGCGCUACGCCCGCCGCCUGUGCCAGUGGGUGGAGGCGCACACCGAGUGAGGCGCGCCCGGCUCGCCGGCUGCGCCUCCGCACGCCGCCAGGGGGCGCCGUCGCGCCGCCCCGCGCCAAGGACUCCCCCGCGUUAGCUUAUCCAAUCCUCAAAAAAUGCUCCUGUUCCCUUUAGGCAGACCGUGGCCUGGAGGCUCGGGGACCGAGCGAGAUCACUGAGCCGGAAAUGCCGGAGCCGGGACUCGACCGUGCCUUUCGGGCUGCGGAGCCUGCGCCCUCAGCCGCGGGCUCCCGCAGUCCUGCCCUGCCCUGGGGGAGGUGGGAGACUGACCACCCCAGCGCAGAUGAGGAAGCUGAGGCCCAGAGACCUUAAGGGGCUCCGGCACCGGAAACUCCGGCCAGGCCUCUGAGCCCCAGCGCCCGCCCUCCCCCGCAGCCGCUCUGUGUGAGAGCAAGGUGCUGCAUCUCUGUGCCUCAGCCUUGAACCUGUCCCAGAGGAGGGGAAAAACCCGAGCUCGUGUGCGGGGGCCUGGGGGCCUGCUGGGCGGCCUGCACAGUCUAGGGCGCUUAUGUGACCGAUGGCAUGGGGUGGGGGGGCGUGGGCUCGGACCUCUCGUCGGAAACCAGAGUCAGCCACGGAACCGGAGUCAGCCACAGGACGUGGGAGCCCCCCCCCCAGCACUGCAGGGGAAGGAAGCCUCGGAGUGGGAGGGGACGGCCUGGGGACAGCCCUCAGCGACAGCGCCACCCCGCUGCCUGUCGGGAGCGGCCACAGCCUGCCACGGGCAGGAAGGGCGGUGACGUGGCAGGGCCGGGGCGUGGGUUCCUGGAAUACAUUUUUUUUUUAAACGUUGACAUCACUCCCGGGUUGGCCCUUCCUCGGGUGAUGGUUACUCAACCUGUCCACGCGGCGUCAGCCACAGCAGGAAGCUGAGAGCAGCAGUGGCUUCCACGGCGGGCUGGGGAGACCCCGGGGGAGGGGCGGGCCUCGGGCAGGAACCGGGGUCUGCGGCCUCGUGACCCUGGGGGCUGGAGGCCCGGGGCCGAGUCAGCACCCAGAAUCCUGCGCUCACGCACGGGCGUCACGGCCCCUGUCCUCCCGAGGGUCUCUGGCCGUGAGCCUUGGCGGGAGGGGGCAGUGGGGGUCCGGGACGCCUGGCUCUCCUGACCUGUUCAUUCGGCAGGUGUUUGCACCUCGUGUGUGCCGGGCACGUGCGGGGCCCUGCCUGCCUCCGCACAGGAGCCCACGCUGUAGUGGGCACGGGAACCGUCACACACAGGUGGCCAACACCGUGGAAGACAGAGUCGGGAACUUACCUGGAGCUGCGGGACGCCUGGUCUCAGCUCCGCUGUGGCCUCUGGAUCCGCAUCUCCCUGGGCGCCCCUGCUCUGUGUGGCCCAGCGAGGAGAGGGUGCUCACCAGCCACUGUGGCCGAGGACUGAGUCCAAGGGAACUGCGCCCCGCGGGGCCCCCAGGGCCGAGUCCUCAAGAAGACUCGACGGACGAGGACACGGGGCCGGCGCUGCGGCACGGGCUGAGCCUCCACCCGCGAGGCCGGCAUCCCAUACGGCACAGGUUCGAGGCCUGGCGGCUCCGCUUCCAAUCCAGCUCCCAGCUGAUGCACCUGGGAAAGCAGCGCCCCCCACAGGGGAGACCUGGAUGGGGUUCCAGGCUGCGGGCUGGAGAUUCGGGGAGUGAACCAGCGAUGGAAGAUCUCUCUCUCUCUCUCUCUCUCCCUGUCUGUCAGUCUGCCUUCAAAUAAAUAAAAAUGAAAUCUUAGAA